CCUUCCUACCACUUUCCUCCAUCGUCUCUCUCUCUCUCUCUACAUAUAAACAACACCUCCACCCUUCAUUCACCCUCCAUAACCGCCACCGCAACCACCAUGGAUCCACAGCUGCUGAUGCCAUCUCCGGCAGCCGAAUUCAACUUCGACAGCGCCUCCACUUCCCCCUACGCCACUGCACCUUCAAGCCCCAACACAUUAUUCCCCAAAUUCUUCUACACUGCCACAACUAGUCAUCAUGCCAGUUCUCCGAUCAACCACAACGCCGUAGACGGUUUCGAGUCAACCGACACGUUAGAGAGUAGUCAACAAGUAGUUGACGAGCAGAAGAAUGAGGGUUUGCAACAAGCUGAUGAUGAUAUGGAUUUUGCUUUUGAGUUUAGUGGACAGUUGGAACGGCCAUCUAUCUCCGACGCCGAAGAGUUGUUUGACGGCGGAAGGAUCAGACCGUUAGAGCCACAGCCACAGCCACCACCACCGCCGAAGAUCUUUGGGGAGAUGGGUUUAGAAACACCUAAACCUCAAACCCAAAUCCUGUCGCCACGUGGAAGAGAGAGAACGGGGACCGCUAUGAGACAUAAAGUAUCACGGUCGUUGUCCCCGUUAGGAGUGGCUGAUGUGAGAUCAGAUGAUUAUAAGGUGUCAACAACUCAAUCAUCCCCCUUUGGUUUCACAUGGUACAACAAGUGGAACCUUAAAAACUUGUUGCUAUUCCGGAGCACGUCGGAAGGAAGUGCGACGACUAGCGACGAUCAAUUAAAGAAAUACGCCAUAAUAACGAAGGGCGACCACGAUGUGAAGAACUCGAGCUUUCGAAGCGAUGGUGGUUCGGUAGGCGGAUCUUCUAGGAGAAUGAAGAGGAAGAUGUCUGCACAUGAGAUACAUUACACGGCGAACCGGGCAGUGGCGGAGGAGAUGCGGCGGAAGACAUUCUUGCCGUACAAGUCAGGAUUACUCGGUUGCUUAGGGUUUAGUCAAGAUCUUCGUGAUGUUUCUCGACGAAGAUGAAAUGGAAUUUAUUGAUUUUUAUGUAAUUAGAGAAGUGGUCACUACAGAUUGUUUUGAUUAUUAUUUGUUAGAUAUAAUAAUAUUCGAUGUAGAAUAGAGUUUAAUUUGUUAUUCUUGAUAAA